AUGGCCUGGUGGUUGUGCUCUACUGCCCUUGCACUUGCGCCAAUCCAACGCAAUACUACCAAUACAUCUUGCCGGUACCUCCCUACCGACAAGGAAUGGCCUAACAGAGCAGACUGGGACACUUUGAAUGUUACAGUCGGGGGCAGGCUUCUGCGUGGAGAGCCAUUGGCCCAGUCCUGCUACCGACCGCAUGAGGAUCCCGCCAAAUGCAGCGAGGUUCAACAAGCCUGGGGUCUCGACGGUUUGUACUACGAUGAUCCAGUAAAUGUCAUGUCCCCAUUCUGGUUGAACAACUCAUGCAAUCCUUUUUUGUCUUCUCUCAACAAUACCUGCACCCUAGACAAUGUUGCCUCGUACGCUAUCAAUGUCACCGAUGCUGCGAGUGUCAUAGCGGGAAUCAAAUUCGUACAACAAAAGAAUAUCCGUCUAUCCAUCAAGAAUACUGGUCACGACUAUCUUGGACGUUCCAGCGGGAAGGGUUCAUUGGCACUAUGGACACAUAAUCUUCGAGACAUGGCAAUCAUCAAGAACUACACAAGUUCAAAAUACUCGGGCUCUGCUGUCAAGAUUGGAGCCGGUAUGCAGUCGCAUGAGGUAGAGGAGAUCGCGGCAAAGCAUGGCCUGCGAGUAACAGGCGGCCUGUGCCCGAGUGUAGGACUAGCGGGAGGGUUUUCCCAGAACGGAGGCUAUGGCCAGCUAGCUUCACUAUACGGAUUGGCUGCAGACAACGUGCUCGAAUAUGAAGUAGUCACGACUGAUCUCAGGCAUUUGAUCGCCACGCCAUCAACAAAUGCGGACUUGUAUUGGGCACUCAGCGGCGGCGGGUCGGGCAAUUAUGCCGUGGUUCUCAGUCAGAUCAUCAAAGCACACCCCGAUGGUCAGGUUACGGGCACUACUUUUUCACUUGUGAAUACGAAUUCCACGGCUUUCUGGUCAGCGAUCCAAACAUGGUACCAGCUGAGUCCCCGGUUCAAUCUUAUACCAGGCUUCACGGCAUCGUGGCUCUUCAGCAAUGAAUACUUCCGGCUCACUGCGGCAACCUUACCUGGUGGUACCGUGGCAGACAUGGAUGCAAUCCUUCAAGGCUUUUAUCAAGUCAUAAAAGAGCUCAACAUGACAUUUGUUGGCAAGAAAACCAUCGUGAAGCCAUCGUUUGUUGAACUAUACGACACGCUCGUUCCACCCAGCCAGGCCGAUGCAUCAUUCCCUGCAAACAACACCAUUGGAAGUCGACUAGUACCUACUGCGGUUGUUCGGGACAAUUUGACAGACUUACUGAACGUGUAUCGGGACAUUCUUCAAGACGAAACACUACCUGGUGGUGUGACUGUGGUCGGUGGCACAAGUAACAACGUAUCCCAUGUCAAUGUUGGUGUGAGUCCGGGCUCUAAUGCGGUGCUCCCAGCUUGGCGAGGCGCUCUUUUAAGUUCAAGUGCUGCCAUCUCGUUCCCGGACAACACAACUGUUCAAGGUCUACAACUCAUUCAGGCCAAGGUAAAUACAUGGCAAGAUUGGGUCAAAGCCCUGACUCCAGGAAGUGGCUCUUACAUUAACGAAGCGACAUAUGACAAUCCCGACUGGAAGUCAGAUUACUAUGGUAGCAACUAUGAAAGGCUUCUUCAAGUCAAGAAGAAGUAUGACGGGGACUUCACGCUCUGGCAGCAUACAUCCGUGGGUGCAGACCUUUACUGGCAGGAAGACGCAGAAGGCCGAUUAUGUAGGGUGUAA